GCACCUGCCAAUUCGCUAUGCUGAAAGUGCACGUGUGCUUCGUUGCCGUCUUGAUGACUGCCGUCCGAUUUUGUGGAACUACGCGAGCUGAUGUCGCACGCCUUCAAAGCAAACUUCGUAAAAGGGAAUGCUCUCAACCACUAAUGGAGGAAGUGAGAUUCUGCGGAAACUUGAGAAUUUGGAGAUAUUUCUACAACCACACUUCCCACCAGUGCCAACAGUUCAUGUGGGAUAACUGUCUUAAAGAUGGCGUCCAUUUGACGCGAAUCGCUUGCGCUAAGAAAUGCAACCACCGUGAACAACCAGGAAUUUGCGCCGACCACCCCGCAGGUACUUGUGCAACAUACGAACCAACUUCCAGCUAUUACCCAAAGAAGAGUUUCUUCUACAAUAUCACGUCACGAAGAUGUGAAGAAUAUCAAGUGUGCAUGUCUCUGGGCUAUAUGCUGAAGCAAAACUCAUUCGCUGCAAAAACACUGUGUAUAAUGCACUGCCGUGGCUUCGCGCGAAACGGAAUCGCAAAAAAAGAAUUUCAAGGUGAAUAGAAAGAAUAACUAUUUAUCACAACCAGGAAUUGAGUAACAAGAUCACAGAGGAACACAAGACAAACAUGCACCUACUUUCGCCGUAAAAAUCAACAAGAUAUAGUCUUUACCGUUCUUAUUGUUAAUAGAGCCCCGGAUAAAAUUAUUGCAACGUGCAAUUAGCUUUCUUUAGCUGAUUAAAAUAUGCCUUAUAGCUGACAGUGUCAAGAGACACGCACAUGGACACAUCGCAAACUAUAGUAAAGUAUAAACACCUGAUCUGACGCAGACAUUGUUAUUGAAAGUAUGUUAUCACUGGCUGUUGCCUAACAAUUUAAAUAACGAGCUCGCCCCUGUACAUAACAAAUCAAUAAAAUAGUGUAGGCUACACGCAAAGCGUCUGACAAUGUGUAAUACUAAAAGGAGUGAAAGAGUGGCAAUAAAAAAAUCUAAC